UGUGUCUUGUUGUUGCCGUCAGUCGCUGAUAUACCGUGAACGAGUGCAGAAGGGCGCAUACGGAAGCAGUCUGGCCGUCUGACCAAAAGGCAGCCAAUGUCAUAAUCACGCUUGUUUCUGCGUAACAAUGCAUCACAUUUUGACACACAACGUCCAAGUAAAUAUCUUUAGAGCAGCUCUUCAAAAAUGAUUAAAAAUUUCGUUCUGAUUAAACUCUCACUGCUAUGUAAAACAUGUUCUGGAGAGCACUUUUUUCUACUAAAAAUUUCUCUAGCACGUUGAGCAAUAUUCCUUUAGCUGCUGAAUGUAACAUUUUCAUGUUAAGUUCCAUGUUUGUUGUAGAGCGCUUAUUUUCUAUAGUGUGUGCACCAAAAGCUGUUUUAUUUUGGGACUACGUUGUGCUCUUUAAAUUGUGAUUUAAACGAUCGUCCCGUUUGACCUACGUAAAACUGAUUACAGUCAUUGCAGUCCAUUUUGUACCCGCCUGAAUUCUGGAAUUUGUCACAAUUAGGUAAAAUUUUAUGCCAGAGGCGUAACGUCAAAGUAGUGUUCUAAAACAAAACAAACAAGUUAUAUGUCAGGGCAAUAUACUUAGUUUUUGUUCUGGGCAUUAUUCGUAACUGAUUGACCUAGAUGUGACUCGUACCGUUUCGUGACUUGUGCUGGUGACAACGGUGGAUUUAUAACAGUUUGCUACAGCAGUCUGUUUCAGUAUACUGCUUUCUUUAUUAAUUUCACCUUGUUGCAAUGGUAUGGGUACUAGACGGUGAACCAUAGAGUUGAAGAAAGCUCUUUUAUAAAGAUGAAAAUGACAAAAAUUGGCGUUUAUCAUCACUCCGGUGCAAGUUGGUUGUCUAUAAAUCCGAAAACGCGUUUAUCUUGUUUUCCGGUUACAACUACAUCCAGGAAGUUAAUGGGGUUACUACGUUCUAGUUCAACAGUGAGAUGACUUUUGGGCGCUUUAAACUCAUUUUGUGCAACGUUCUCAAGGUCUUCCUCGCAGUUUUUAAAGUGGAGAGUCGUACCAUCUAUAUACGGUAUGUAACUUACGGUUUUCUGUAAAUCAGUCACGAAUAAGGCCCAGAAAACAAAAACUAAGCACAUUCCUAUGAUAUAUAACGUCAAAAAACCAGGACAAUGUUUUAAAAAUUCAAACGGUGCAAUAGGUUUUGAAACAAACAAUACUUUGAGGUCACCUCACUGGCAUAAAAUUGGACACGAUUGUGAAAAAUUCCUGAAUUCAGUUGUGUGAAUAUGAACUGCAGUGACUGUGAUUAGUUUUUCAUAAGUCACAUGAGACAGUCGUUAAAACACGUUUUAAAGAGCACAUGUAUCGACAAAAUAAAAUCACACAUGUUGAAAAUACACACUCUACAACAAACGUAGAACGUAACCUGAAAGCGCUACAUACAGCAACUAAAGGAAUAUUGCUCGACGUGCUAGAGGAAACAAAUCUUUAUUAGCAAGACGUGCUCUCCAGAAGAGACUUUAAAUGAAAUGUGCGAAUUUAAUAGAAUUUUUUUAACUUUUUUGAAGAGCUGCUCUAGUGAUCUUAUACUUUCACCACGUGUGUUAAAAUGUGAUACAAUGAUAUGCAGAAACAAGUGUGACUAUGACGCUUGCUACCUCGCGAGAAGUCACUAUUUCAGGAUGGACCCUUCUGCCCUCGCCCACGGUAUAUCGGCGUCUGAAGGCAACAUGCCGACACAGCGAGCCGGAAGAAAGCGACCAGUCAUUACAACCAGGGCCGGCGCUACGAUUUUUGGGCUGGGAUGAAAUAUUAAAAUCGUGUGAAAAGCAAUUAAAUGAGCUUAAACAGGGCUCUAGUUAUGACUCGUUGGAUGAAGCUGAUGAGUUCAGCAUUGCUGAAGAAAUAAAAUCAAAAAUUGCGAGUAUUCAUGGAGAGACGGAAGCAAACAAUUUUUCCAGUAUUUACCGGAAUCUUCGAGGAUGUACUCUUCUAACCAGUGUGAGAAAUGCCUUGGCAUUUCUUCUCAGAAGUGCUGUGCUGAACUCGACAGAGGAUGCCAAUCCAUCAUUUGGUAUAGAAAAUUUGUCACUAAGAAAUAUUGCUAUUUGCACUCCAUCACAGGCUUCAGCAACACCAGUUACAAGAAGAGGAGAUAUUCCAUCUAUUUCAUCUACUUUUGAAGGCACCCCAUCUCUACCAUCUACUUCCGCUUCUAGCAGUUUAUUAGGAGCUUACCGUGCAUCGAGAGCUAGAGCCAUUUCAUACGUCCGUGACUUGUCCGAUGGAACCAUUCCUCACCUUAGUGGAAGUUCAGCAGGAAUGCCUGUGACAUCACAAUUUAGAAACCCCUAUAAGAUGAGAGUACCAGAAAAAGUCUUGCUCCAGGAACUUAUCUAUUGUUUCCAAGGGAUAGGAGGAAGAGUUUUAAUAGAGGAUCCUGUCUCUCAAGGCUUCAAGAUAGAUUCAAAGGUGGACCUUGUUCCAGCAGUUAAGCAGCGAGUUCUCCAUUUAGCAGAGGUUGGAUGGCUGUACAAUAAAUUGAGACAAUUUUGUGAUUCCACAAGACCAGCUGGACGUAUUAGCGAGAGUCUUGUAGUUGGCGUCCGCGAUGAACUGACAGAGUACUACAGAUUGAUUGCAGUAUUACGCUCCAAGUUACAGAAGCACUUGGAUGCUGCUGUUGAUUCAUCACCAACAGAACAGCAGCUGCAACCAUUUACGCUGAAUCAGAUGGCAAUAUGCAUGCGGAGUGUGAUGUGGAGACUGCAGCUGUUGCUGUCACUUACAGAAGCAUGUCGUGGUCGUUUUGGUGGUGCUCUUGCAUCUUCUGUUCACAGCUUUCUACAGCAUGGUGAUCCAAAUAUCCGUCAUUGUGUUCGCAUGCUGCUAGCAUCAGUAUGUCGUCCUUUGUUCAUAAUGCUAAGUAAGUGGAUUCUGGAUGGAGAAUUGGAGGAUCCUCACAAUGAAUUCUUCAUAGCUGCAAAUCCAGGUGUUAAAGGCAACCGCUUGUGGCACGACAAGUAUUAUGUCCAGGAAUCUCUUGUUCCUAGUUUCAUCUCUCUGGAACAAGCCUGUAAAAUUCUUGCCACAGGCAAGAGCAUCAACUUUCUUCGUGAAGUAUGCCAAGAUCACGGCCCUAUAAAAUGUCGUGCAGCCCUCCGAUGCACAUUGGAAAGCACAAGCGUGGAAGCGCUUUUUGUCGAGGACCAGGAUGGAGAGUUGCAGGUUAUGCUAGAGCUAGCGUAUCGUGAAACAUCUAGACGUGUUCUUGAUGUCCUCAAUAAUCAGUACAAAUUCAUGGACCACCUGCAAGCUCUGAGGAGGUAUCUCCUCCUCGGCCAAGGAGACUUCAUUGGCCACCUUAUGGAGCUACUUCAGCCAGAGUUGGCAAAACCAGCCUCUAAAUUGUCUCCUCACAAUUUAUCUGCAAUUCUUGAGUCUGCAGUCCGUUCUACAAGUGCCCAGUAUGAAGAUGAAGAUAUUCUUAGUAGACUGGAAGUGAGAUUACUAGAAAUAUCAAGAGGAGAUACCGGGUGGGACGUAUUCACGUUGGACUACAAUGUUGUAGGUCCCAUAGGAACAGUUCUUGCUCUGAAUAUGUCAACAUACUUGAUGCUGUUCAAUGCUCUUUGGCGAGCUAAGAGAAUGGAAUUUGUAUUAAGCCUGGCAUUCAAACGGCAGUUGACAGCUGCUAAGCAAAUGAAAUGUCUACCUGGAAUGAAGCCUUUAUUGCAGAGAUUACAUCUCUUAAUUUCUGAAAUGGUGCACUUCGUACAUCAAGUGCAGUACUACACCCUAUUUGAGGUAUUGGAAUGCUCCUGGGAGGCAUUUAACAAGGAAGUGCAGCAAGCAGAAGGCUUGGAUGAUGUUAUUAGAGCACAUAAUGCAUUCCUAGCAAAAGUUCGAGCAGGAGCUUUACUAGAUGAAGGAACACAGAGUUUGGCAGCCCACUUGCGGUCUGUGUAUGGUUUGAUGCUACAGCUGCAAAGCCUAGAACAAGAAUUGCAUGACAGAGCAUCAGAGGAGCUGGAAGCUCGUAAGGAAUAUGAGAAGCUAGUUGAAAAUUCUGGCAUGGACAGUACGAUGGAGCAAAGGGAAUCUGCAAGGGUGAAUGACUUCAUAAAUAAGUUCCUGCCUCGUAUGCGCACUCAGCUGAAUGUAUUGGCAAAAAGCUAUCAGGAUAUGGUGAAGAAGUUCUUGCUCAUGUUGACAACUCAACCAAAUGAAAUGUUGCAGCUGUUGAGCUUCCGUCUCGACUUCAAUGAGCACUACCAGAGACUAGAUUCAAGGCUAAAUGUACCGCUCACAUUUCAACAUCGUCGUCUCAGUUUGGGAGGAAAACAUCUGUCUCAAACAUAAUUCAAAUUACAAUCAGCUCCAGUACCUUCUGUUGAGCUUUCUUCAAUAAAAGUUUAAUGAAAUAA